AUGAAUAUAGUUACGCCUGAAACCAUAAAAGUUUCGAAAUCUAAUAGUUCUAUUACAAAUUGUUUUACCUUGACUACAGAGAGAAUCGAUUUUAACAAUCCAAGACCUUUAUUAUAAUAUAAGACUUUAUUGGCUCGUUAAAUCCUAAAAAAGUGA